AGAAGGGAAGUUGAACGCGUACACGGAAAUAUUAACAGCUGGCGGAAGCCGGCCGUUAAGAGACCCGCGAAGCCUCCUUAUUUUGGUGAUAACUGUUAACAGAUAAUACCCAGCAUUCCUGCGCCGGGUGCUUUGGUCUUUGGUUUGCGCACUGAUGUUUGACCCACAUAGUGACACUCAAGAUUUGCAGUCUGGAAUACUGUGGAAGGCACUUCCUGUUUAAGGGAGCAUGUAUAUUUUCUUUCCUUGACGCAUCUGUUCCACAAAAACAGUCAACAGUUUAGUAGUUGACUGUUCCGCGAACGCGCAGUCAAUUAAACAACCUCCUCCCCUCUCCCAAUUUAAUUCCGGGAUCGUGAAUCUGCCCUCCCAGCUCUCUCGAACCUAUUCCGGCGGUGUCCGGUGCGCACCGGAGGGGGCUAGAAUCUGGCGCCCGCCUCUUCACCCCCUAGAUCACCCGAUCUGACGCACACGUGCUAAUCCUGGCGGGAAAGAAGGGAAAGAUUUACUCGCACACAGCUCGCAAUCGCUGCACCCAGGACGAGAUGCCCGGCCAGGGUCCGGAGUCCGCCGGGUCGGACUGCUGCUCUCCCGCAGAGCCACCUGCAGUGGCUGGGAGGGAGAGCUGUGACAGCGGAUCAGCUGGGCAUUCUUAUUACCAGAAUUCCAAAGGUACUGAUGGAAUCAAAGAUGGACACAAAAUGAACUCUCACAUAGUCAAGCUACAAGAGUUAUGGAAAACUCCUCAAACUCAGACAAUUCACAUUCCUAAGUCAACUACAGAUGUGUCCUUUCUAAAGCAUCCAGACCUUGCCAAAUGCCAGAAGCAUUACCUGCGCAGCAUCACUAAGAUCUGUAACGUGAACAACCUGAGGGUGUUGAUGAAGAGGCAGUACGUGCAUAUGGUCCAACACAACUCUCAAAAGCCAGGUGUCCUCACUCAUCACGGGAGCCGCCUCAGUUCCCAUCACUCACAGAGGCAGCAUUACCUCUGUACCACAUGGCGACACCAGCUGGACAGAGAGGACUCAGGGCCUUCCAACACUGCAGCUGCCCCUGCACCUGCAAAACAGCAUUCCCUGUGGCGACCAGUGAGAAACAAAGGAGGACUAAAAACUGGACAUAUGUCUAAAACACGAUAUAAGUCACUGAAGAUUUUUAGAAAAACAGGAAGACUGUUCAUGCAAUCAGUUUCUGCAAAUGAUUUUGAAUCAUACAUGAAUGAAGAAAAAAAGGAAGAUUUACUAAGUAAGUGUAUGCAGUCAAUGUCAAUUGAAGAACGGGGAGAAAAUCUGAUGCUAACUUGACCUUGUCUUGUGUAUUGAAAUGCCAAAGGUAGGGGUGGGGAUUGGAAUUGCAUCCUCCCUCUACAUUUAGGAUAUUGUUGUUAUACACCAUUAAGUCAUUAAAUAAUUUUAGUUUGUUCAGAAACUUUUAUAGCAAUGUAAUUGGUUUGAUAUAGUUCUGUGUUCCAAUGAUAUUUGUGUAAUAGAGUCUAUGUGUAAUAAUGCUUUUAUUUCUAGCUUGAUACAAUUAAAAAU